AUGCCAUCACUUAUUGCGGGCAAAGGGAGCCUCUGGUGCGUGGAUCCCGACCUCCGGCCCAACCUAUUGCAAGCCGUACGCCGCACGCCGGCCCACAUCUACCCGUACAUGUCGUUAGCCAAGACUAAUGCGGUUGUAUCGCCGCCCAGAAUACAACUGUCCAGUCAUAGCAAUAACUCUUCGCAACCUAGCGUUAAGAAAGCGUUAUCCUCGGAACGCGUCCAAUCGGUGGUCAAUAUUCCAUCGCCUAAUUUGUUCCCAUUUUUGUCCAGAAGACUGUUGAUCCCCAUCACGAAGAUUAUCAAAAAAGAGAAGGAGACGGACGCCGCGGUCUCGAUGCUGACCCUCCAGUCCAACGUCAACAACACCGGCAAUACCGGCGCCGCCGUUCGCGAUAAGUACGGGAACCGGCGUUUU